UCACUUGGUCUGGGUCCUGCAGUGCGUGCGGGGGAGCGCCUGGGGGCUCUGCAGCAUAAGCAGCAUGUGCCUGUGCUGUACGGAGGACGAAGCCAUCCAAGUCAGCGCCGAAGGGCCAAGAUGGCAACAUCCUUCAGACGUCACUGAAAGGCAGUCCAGAGAUAAACGUAUUGAGAAUAUGAAAAACCUAAGGAAAGAGAAAAGGAAAUUUAAUAAACGGUUUGCAAGACCUGCUCCUCUUCCAGAACCAGGACUCCUGUGGACAUAAAGCUGGAGUCUGUAUGGAAGAAAUCAUGCCCGACAAAAAUAUGCGGAUUUAUAACAUCAAGUGGCAUUUCGUAAUUUGACUUCAUUUGAAAAAUAAAAGACAUACUCUGCCAUUUCAACAAAAUAAAUGCAGUGCAACCAUCUAACAUCCAAGCCACAGGGUCUAGAAUUUUAUUAAAUACCGUAACUCA